GUGGCGGCAGCCUCUCUAGGCUCCCAGCCUGUGGAGCAGGGAGGCGACUCAGUGCGACGCAUGACCUCAGCCCUGGCGCGCAUCUCGCAAGUGUUGAGAAGUUUCGUGGAAACUCCAGCGCAAGGACAGGGCACAGGCAUCCUCUUUGACGCCAGCUCGGCCCUCGACGACUUUCUGCUGGCCCGCGCGCUGGAAAUGGCUGAUGGCAAUCCU